GCGGAGUCCCUGCCUCUGCCGGGCCGGGCCCGCCAUGGGCCAUCUGAUUGCUAAGCUAAUGGGCGUCUUCGUGAAACAGGAGCACAAAGUUAUCAUCGUGGGCCUGGACAAUGCGGGGAAGACCACCAUCCUCUACCAGCUCCUGAUGAACGAGGUGGUCCAUACAAAUCCCACCAUCGGCAGCAACGUGGAGGAGAUUGUCCUGCAGAAGACCCAUUUCCUCAUGUGGGACCUAGGGGGGCAGGAAACCCUGCGCUCUGCCUGGACUGCGUAUUACUCCAACACGGAGUUGCCCUCUGCCGGCCAGUUCAUCAUCCUUGUGAUUGACAGCACCGACCGGGAGCGACUGCUGACCACUCGGGAGGAGCUCUAUAAGAUGCUGUCCCAUGAGGCCCUGCGAGAUGCUUCUGUCCUGAUCUUUGCCAACAAGCAAGAUAUGAAGGACUCUAUGACCACUGUGGAAAUCUCCCAAUUCCUUACCCUCAGUAACAUCAAAGACCACCCUUGGCACAUACAGGGUUGCUGUGCCCUCACCGGAGAAGGGUUAGUGGCUGCCCUACCUGGGCCUACCUGGGCUCGCUCCAACCAAUGGACAACUGACCACCAGAACCUUUUCCUGUCAGCAUCUGGCUCACAGAUCCUGAGUCAAGUAACUUGAGCACCUCCCACAGCUGAGGUGCUGUGGGUAAGCGGUGAGCAAGGCAGAGUUCUUGCUGUCAAAGGGAAGACAAAGUCCUUACUCUAGUGGGGAGAGAGGUGACAAUCCACUGAAAUCCCAACCCCAACAUUUGAGGUGGUGUAACUGGAAGACUGGAGCUCAGACUAUCUGUCAUCAUCAAACGCCAAUAGGGACGGGAAUUGAAUCUUUAAGGUGCACAUUACUCAGACAGCCACCAAUCUGGAAGAUGGAGGGUUAACAUCCUAAAGGAACUGCCUUAGCAUUUCAUUUCCAGUUGGUUUUUUAUAGUGAGUGGAACAAAGGCAGUUCAGCAGCAAGCAGGCCCACACUGCUGCCAGGAGCUUGUGACGUCCAGCCCAAGGAACCACCCAUUUAUGGCAGUGACCUUGCCACCCCCUGGCUCAGGAAGAUCCCUCAUCCCCCAACCCACAGUCAGUUCAAUUCAACCAGUAUUUCCUAAGUAGUCCCGCUCCCCAUGCUGAGUCAGGUGAUGCUGACGUGACCAACACCCCACACUGGCUCACAGUCUAAUGGGGGAACUUGCUAUGAAGCCUCAGGACUUUGGAGUCACCCUGGCACUGCCCCCAGUGAUGGAGACGGUGAAAGGGGGCAUCACAGCCUUGCCCAGAGACACUGCUAAGGUGUGUCCUCUGAUUCCCAGAGGCUAAUGCACCCUUCCUUUGUAACCUUUGUCACAGCAGCGCAAUUGUAUGCCCUACUGGGUGUUUCUGUUUUUCCACCAGUAUCUCCAGCCCCUGGCACAGUGCCCAAUGCAUUGUAUGCAUCCACCUGUUUAUAUUUGUUGGUUGAAAGAUUGGAUGUAAGUUAGGUCUCCUUCUCAGUCUGCUGGGGACUGGGCCCAGGGUCUUGAAGACCAUCAUCCUCUUGGGAUAUGCUGAACCUUGCUG